AGAUCCGUCAUCUCGGAUGCCUACUCCUCGGCGUUCUUCCUGCCUUACUACAUCGAUUGUUUUUUUCUUCAUUGCGUCAAGAUUGCCUAUAACGUUCCUUUCUCCUAUAUUCUGUCUGACUGCCAUGAUCUGAUAGCACCUGAACCACAGACUCGAUCGGCCGCUCGACGACUUCCCCGGCAACUUUCUUGAGCCAUGGCAACCUUAGCAGCAUCACCGCCGUUAUCGCCGUCGUGGCCGAAGCGACGACCGCGAGCCUGGGCGCUGCGCAUCGAACGCUACUGCUGCACCGCGGCGUCGUUCUUCCCCCUGGCCUUCGUUUACGGGUUGACGACGUGGGCCGUGUGGGUGGAGGCCAGUGUGGGCUUCAAGUCGGUGCAACAUAGUAGUAUCUGGAUCGGCCUACCCAGCUCCCUCCUGGGAAUCUUCCUAUACAUCUGCCUAAACGCCUGCUACACGGUAGCGGUAUUCACGGACCCGGGCAGCCCGCUCAAGCCAUCCGGCAGCAACGGCCGCCGGAGCCAACAGCACGAAUACAGCGCGCUGCCUGUGACGGAACUACCUCAGUACACAGCCUACACGGUCAAUUCGACGGGCGGAUCGCGGUUCUGCAAGAAGUGCCAGUGUCCCAAGCCGGACCGCGCGCACCACUGCUCGACCUGCAAGCGCUGCGUGCUGAAGAUGGACCACCACUGCCCCUGGCUGGCGACCUGCGUGGGGCUGUACAACUACAAGGCGUUCCUACUGUUCCUGAUCUACACGUCCGUGUUCUGCUGGGUGGAUUUCGUGGUCGCGUCCACGUGGAUCUGGAAUGAGAUGCUCGAUGAUAGCAAGUAUGUGGAUUUUGAUAAGAUGUUGCCGAUAAACGUGGUGUUGUUGGCGGUUCUGGGCGGCAUUAUUGGCCUGGUGCUCUCUGGGUUCACUGCGUGGCAUAUUAGUUUGGCUGUGCGUGGGGUUACGACCAUUGAGUGCUUGGAGAAGACGAGGUAUGUCUCGCCGUUGCGUAAGGUGCUGGAUCGCCAUCGCUACGAGGCGCUGAGCGGGGGCCAGCAUGAUUUGGAUGGUGGGGAAGGAGGUACUGGAGGAGGGGGUCUAGGUCAUCGGUUGCAGGAGUACGGCGGGCAGAUUCUGGAUGCGCAUGCCAACGCCAUUCCCGGGGUGACGCGGGCCGAGGAAGGCGAGGAGGAGUUGACGAGAUCGUCGCCGCAGGGGGCGGGCGCCUCGCAGUUUUCCUCUGGGAGGGACGGGUUGAGCCCCGCGCGGCAGGCGUUGACGCGGUCGUAUGCGGAGAUGGAGCGCCAGCGCGAGCAUGAUCGGUAUCAGAGUUACUUGGAGGAGCAGGACAGCGAGAAGAUGCCGCAUGCUUUCGAUCUGGGCUGGAAGCGCAACCUGCUGCAUUUGUUCGGGAGCCGUCCACUGCUGUGGCCGGUCCCCGUCUGUACUACGACAGGCGAUGGCUGGCAUUGGGAGCCGAGCGCUAAGUUCCUGGAGGCGCGUGACGGCGUGCGGCUGCGCCGCGAACAGGAGGCGGCCGACCAGCAGCAGUAUUACCGGGAUCUGUACACGCGGAAUAUGAACAAUAGCCAGAGUUGGAUGGGGGCCGAUGCUGCCACGCCUGCGGCCCAUAGCGCUGCGGCGUGGACGCCACAGCAACCGCUGGAUGUGGUGCGCGAUCCCGAGCGGCCCAGUACCGGCGUGUCGAUGAAGACGUUGCGCCCGAUGUCACCGCGUCUUCGACAUGGGGAGGAGGAGAGCGAUGAGGAAGGUCGCGCGCGCGGAGACGAUGAAUGGAGGAAUUGGGAUUGAUGUCGUGGUAGUUGAUACACUGUACACUUAGGGGUGAUUAUAUAUAAGUAUGAGAUUAUGACAGCC